AUGUGCUUUGCCAAGAAGCAUAACAGCAAGGGCUUAAAGAAGAUGCAGGCCCACAAUGCCCAGGCCAUGGAUGAACGUGCCAAGGCUAAACCAAGAGGCAAAAUGUCAUCGUAUGCACUUUUUGUGCAACUCUGCCGAGAGGAGCACAAAAAGCAGCACCCAGAUGCUUCUGUCAACUUCUCAGAAUUUUCUAAGAAGUGUUCAGAGAGGUGGAAGACCAUGUCUGUUAAAGAGAAAGGUAAAUUUGAAGACAUGGCAAAGUCGGACAAGGCCAGUUAUGAAAGAGAGAUGAAAACCUAUAUCCCUCCUAAGGGUGAAACAAAAAAGAAGUUCAAAGAUCCCAACGCACUGACAAUGAGGCUCCCUUUGACUUUUUUCUUAUUUUGUUCUGAGUAUCGUCCCAAAAUCAAAGGCGAGCACCCUGGCCUUUCCAUUGGUGAUGUUGCGAAGAAGCUGAGAGAGAUGUGGAAUAAAACUGAUGCCGGUGACAAGCAGCCCUACGAGAAGAAGGCUGCUAAGCUGAAGGAGAAGUGCGAGAAGGAUAUUGCUGCAUACAGGGCUAAAGGCAAGCUUGAUGCUGCCAAAAAGGGAGUUGUCAAGGCCGAGAAAAGCAAGAAGAAGGAAGAGGAGGAAGGUGAGGAGGAUGAGGAAGAUGAAGAGGAUGAU